UUAAUGAAAGUCAAAGAUGAGAGGAGUACGGAAGUUCGCAUGUGUAAAAUAUAAGAGAGAAACAAUUUGUGAAUUAACGUGGGAUACAAAAGAUUGUAGUAGAAAGAAAGAAUGCGGUGCCGGUGGUGGGUAAUAUUGUUGUUAUUGUUAUUGUCAUGCUGCAGCGGCAGUAUGUGCUCGGAGCAGCAGCAGCAGCUAGUGUCUCGAAUUGCUUUUGGAUCAUGCGCCAACCAAAGCGCUCCCCAGCCUAUAUGGGAUGCAAUUAUCCGUUUUGAUCCUCAAGUGUUCAUCUGGAUGGGGGACAACAUCUACGGAGAUAUAAGACGCCCUUUCAAGCUUUUCGGAAAGGAGAGGACGAUUGGGCCCUGGAAGAAUGUCCCUAGGUUUUACCCUUGUUCUGAGCUGGAAAUGAAGUCCCGAUAUCUAAAAGCUAAGAACGUUCCUGGUUAUUCUAAUCUCACACGCAGCAAAACUAAGGUUAUUGGCACCUGGGAUGACCAUGAUUAUGGAUUGAAUGAUGCAGGAAAAGAAUUUCAAAACAAGAUCACUAACCAAAGGCUUUUACUCGAUUUUCUCGACGAACCCCGAGCUAGUCCUCGGCGCAAACAAGCUGGUGUUUAUGCAUCCUACAUAUUUGGUCCUGUGGGUAAACAUGUUAAGAUCAUUCUCCUGGAUACAAGAUAUCACAGAGAUCCUUUGUCUAGUGAUGGAAGUAUCUUAGGAGAUGCACAAUGGAUGUGGUUGGAGAGGGAGUUGAAAGGUCCUCCUACAACUAUUACUAUUAUUGUAUCAUCUAUUCAGGUUAUAUCCAACCAUUCAGCUACAACGGGCCCUCUAUUUUAUCCGGAGUCAUGGGGACGAUUUCCGAGGGAAAAGAGUCGUCUUUUCAAGUUGUUAUCUCAUAGUAAGAGGAAAGGGGUUUUCUUCCUAAGUGGAGAUGUUCACUUUGGAGAAAUUGCAAGAUAUAAUUGUGCUGCUGAUUAUCCCUUGUAUGAGAUUACAUCAAGUGGCCUUACCCAAGCAGUGGAGAAAGCAGUAUCUCCCCCGCUGCAUUUCGUUGUGAGAUUUUUGGCAUGGUUAACUCCAGCUAUAAUGAGAGUAAAGGACAAAAGCUGCAGAUAUUGUUCGUGCACUUAUGGACAACCAAACUUUGGGACCAUUGAGAUCAAUUGGGAUUCAGACCCAGUAGGUUUGAAGUUUGCCAUCAGAGAUGAAAAGGGGCUGCCAGCUAUUGCAUUGAAACUCCCAUUAUCAGAACUCCAAGGCCAAAAGAUGGACUCCCAAAUGACCAUUGGCUUAGGAAAAUUCCAAAAGUAUUGCUCUCUCGAAGUUGAUUUACCAUGGUUUGUCAGAUACCGCUUGGCGAUAUUUUUCUUUUCCACUUUAGCUGUGUUGCUUCUUGCAACCAUAGGACUCCUCCUCUGUGCUGUCAGGUCAUGCUGCAAGAGAUGCUAUUGCAAAUACAAACAUGAUUGAAAUUUUUGAGUACUUUGUAAGCCUUGAGAUAAAAUGAUGGAUAUUAGGUGAUACAUGACCCAACCCCUCCUCCCCCCCAAAAAAACCCACCAUAUAUCUUGCAGCAAGCACAUUUGUUUUUUAUUGAGAAAAGAUGAAAUCGAUCGCUUGUGUUGCAAAAAAGGUGAAAAGUUAGAAGAACUUGGGUUUCUAUUGUGAUUGCUUGAAAAUGAGAAGGCUAAAAGGUGGAAAGAGAAAACAAACCAGGUGAGUCUGGAGGCUGAAAAUAUGAUUUGCCUCAAUUACGAGAUGGCUUUGUGGGCGGUUGUAUGAAUCUUCAAUGCUCCAAUACUAAUAACACUAGGGCCUUCUCACUUGCACAAAUUUUCAAUUACAGUUGUUUUCUAUCUUUUACUUUUCCUUCAUUUCAGGAUAUUGUAUAUCUCGACACAAAUUCCGUAAAUCCAACUAAACCUUGUGAGUGAUACAUAACCCAAA